AUGAAUUUUACUGAGGCUAACAAAAGUGACAACUGUCUCCCUUAUACCUGUCCAGAGAGAUCUGUUUCUACUGCAGUGUAUGUGUUUCUGUAUGUGUGUGCAGCUGCUGCUGUUCUGCUAACAGUGUGUGGAAAUCUGCUGGUCAUCAUCUCUGUUUGUCACUUCAAGCAGCUCCACACACCAACUAACAUGCUCAUCCUCUCUCUGGCUGUGUCAGACUUUCUGGUUGGAGUUCUUGUGAUGCCGACAGCAUUAAUAUGGCUGAUCGAGUCAUGUUGGGUUUUUAAGAGAAUUUACUGUAUGUAUUUUCUGUGUAGUGCUUAUUUUCUCUCAAGCAUGUCUAUAUAUAGUGUUGCUCUCAUUGCGGUUGAUCGGUAUUUUGCUCUCUCUAAUCCGUUCCUCUACACUAAAGCAGUGUCUGUAAACACAAUGUGCAUUGCAGUUUUAUGUGACUGGUGUUUAUUGUUGGCAUAUAAUUUAGGAGUCCUGUUCUUCAAUUUACCUUUCACAAGUCUGAUCAUGUGUCCUGGAGACUGUUAUUUCUUGUUAGAUGAGGUCUGGUCUCUGGUUGAUCUUUUGGUGACAUUUGUUGUCCCACUUGCUGUUAUAACCACACUUUAUGCUCUAGUUUUUGUUAUUGCAAGGAAACAUGCCGCUGCUAUCAGAGACCUUAAUAUUCAUACUAGAACCCAAGCUUCAAAUAAUGCGGCAGAGUCAAUGAAAUCGGAGAGAAAAGCAGCUAAAGUCCUUGGCAUUUUGGUGUCUGUGUUUUUAGCUUUUUUGUUUCCAUAUUUCAUUUAUACCGUCUUGGGUAAUGUAAUAGAAACUGAAGUAGAAUCAUAUCAAAAAGUUCUGAUGUUGGUGUGUCUUAACUCAACUGUCAAUCCAGUUAUUUAUGCUUUGUUUUAUCCGUGGUUUAGGAAGUGUGUUAAACUCACUUUAACUCUCCAGAUAUUCAACACAGAUUCUUCACUGAUAAAUGUUCUUUAA